AUGGAUAACAUGGAGCGUCUGCGCACGCAGCUGCCUGCCUCUCCACCAGAGUCUCCACCAGCGGGAUUUGCUGGCCAGAAUGGAUUCAGCACUCCGCUGUUCCCCCAGCAGCCAAACAUCCUGUACAUCAUGGCAGAUCAACUGGCAGCACCGCAACUCAAAAUCUACAACAAGAACUCACAAAUCAAGACUCCCAACCUUGACAAGCUGGCGGAACAAUCGGUCGUGUUUGACUCCGCAUACUGCAACUCACCGUUGUGUGCACCCAGCCGCAUGGCAAUGAUCACCGGACAGCUCCCCAGCAAGAUUGGUGCCUAUGACAAUGCAUCACCAAUCCCCGAGGACACUCCAACAUACGCGCACUACAUGCGGAAUGCCGGCUACGAGACCGUCCUGGGAGGCAAAAUGCACUUCAUCGGAGACCAAUUGCAUGGCUACGAGUAUCGUCUGACGGCAGACAUCUAUCCAGCCGAUUUGGGUUGGUCCGUGAAUUGGGAUGAGCCGGACACUCGUCUUGAGUGGUACCACAACAGCUCUUCCAUCCUCCAGGCCGGACCAUGUGUGCGGAGCAACCAGUUGGAUUACGAUGAAGAGGUCAUGUACAGGGCCAAGCAAUUCCUUUACAAUCACGUCCGCCAGCCGCAAGGCAGCCGCCCAUUCUGUCUGACAGUCUCUCUCACGCACCCUCAUGACCCAUACACCAUCGAGCACAAGUAUUGGAACAUGUACGAGGAUGUAGACAUCGACAUGCCCACCGUCCAAAUGCCCAAAGACCAGCUUGACCCUCACAGCAAGCGUCUCCAGCACGUCUGCGACCUCAAGGAUUAUGACUUCACUCCCGAGCAGAUUAAGCGUGCCAAACGAGCAUACUAUGGCUCCGUCAGCUAUGUUGACGACAACAUUGGCAAGCUCAUGGAGACCCUCAAGGAGUGCGGCUUGGCUGACAACACCAUCAUCAUCUUCUCGGGAGACCACGGCGACAUGCUCGGCGAGCGUGGGUUGUGGUACAAGAUGUCGUAUUUUGAGUCGUCGGUUCGAGUUCCCAUGCUCUUCAGCUACCCAAAGCUUUGGGCGCCACACCGCGUUCCCCAGAACGUCAGCACUCUCGACAUUCUCCCCACUCUCGUCGACAUUGUCGGUUCCCGUCUCGAGAAGGAUCUUCCAAUGGAUGGCGUGUCCAUUGUUCCUCACUUGAAGGGCAAAGACACCCACGAUACCGUCUUCGCGGAGUACAUGGGCGAGGGUACCAUUGCUCCACUGAUGAUGAUCCGCCGGGGUUCGUGGAAAUACAUUACCUGCCCCGAAGACCCAGAUCAGCUGUACAACCUAGCAGACGACCCUCACGAGUUGGUCAAUCUGGCAACCAGCAACGAUGAGGCAAUCAAGAAGCAGUAUGACGCCUUUGUCGCAGAGGCGAAAGCCAAGUGGGACAUGCCAGCCAUCACCAAAGACUGCAAGCGACGUCAGCGCCAGAGACGUCUCUGUCAAUCUGCCCUCAAGAAGGGCAAGUGGACCAGCUGGGACUACCAGGUUCCAGACAACAGUCAGGACAAGUACAUUCGCAGUCACAUGGACCUCGACGACCUGGAGCGGCGUGCGCGUUUUCCCAUUGUUGAUACUUAUGGCAAUAUCAAACCCAUUGCACCAGUUGGCAAAGAAGGAUCCUUGAAGCUACCUCACCAGGCGGGUGCGUUUGGGCAAUAA